AUGGGUCAUCAUUCUCCAAAACUUAAUGCCGGUGCAUACAUCUUCAUGGGUUCCGUGUUAGUCAUUUACGGGUUGAUCAAGUCCCCAUUGAAGUACAAGUGGGCUUCUGAAAACAGAGUUAGUCCAAAGGCUGACUUGGCUUGGAGAACUAACUCUCAAAAAUGGUUGGACAACCAAUAG